AUGAAGCGCAAGGUGGGGUCGCUGUCUGCGUUCCUGCGGCUUGGCCCUGCCAUCCGGAGGGCGGCCCCCCACCUGCCGCCGGCGGAGCUCGUGGCGCUGUGCGAGACGGCGGCGCGGUUGCGCUUCUACGAUGCCGAGCUCUUCGAGCACGCCUUUGUCUUCCUGGUGGCGCACGUUCGUGCCCGGCGGCUGAGCGCAGAGCAGAUCACGAGCGUUGCGGCCUCGCUGGUGGAGCUGAAUGCCUGCAACGCGGGCGUAUUCUCCGCCGCCGCCGCAGCGCUGCUGCCGGAAGUGGGGAAGUUACCCAAGCAGAUGCGCCUGCAGUGGCUGAAGUUGCUGGCGGCCGCCGGCCACGAGGGCCGCGACGACGCCUUCGAGCUGGCCCUGCGGACCGCGCCCCUGCCCGGAGGCGUGGACCCUGGCGCGUCGGACGACUUCUCUCUCUGCUGGGACUUCGUCAGGGGCGGCUGCCCUCGCGGGUCCAGCUGCCGCUGGAAGCACCCGCCGAAGAGGCGCAUCGACCCGUCGCUGUGGCAGGCCCUGGGCGUGGAGGCCCUGGGCCACCGGCUGCUGCUUGCCAAAGGCAGCGAGGGGUACCGCGUCGACGGUGAAAUGGUGAAAGGAUUGGAGAUCCGCAGCUACAGUGAAGUAUCAUGUGACAUCUGA